AUGCUGAAUGAACAUAUGGAUGGUCUCCUUGAAGGUCAUGAACCGCGCUCAACGGGGAUAUUCACAAUAGCUCUUAUCAUUGUAUGUAUUGUCAUUUCAACUGUGGCGGUAGUGUUAAACAUUGCCCUUUUGAAGCAUCAAGGUAGUCAUUUUAGUAGUUUUGUCAACGCCGUUGGAAUCCUUAUUCUUAUUGGCCUAACAUUAAUACAUCUUAAAUGGUAUAAGAACGAUCAUCAGGAGAAGAAACAAAAACAUGCCAUUUAUGUACUUGUGUUCGCUAUUCUUUUACUAGAUGUGGCGGCGUUUAUGGUUGCCAGUGAAACACUACACUACCAAGAGCCUCUGCCAUGCCCGGAAACAAAUACAACUACAACAGCUGCACCGAAUUUCUCCAAUGUAAAUGUUUUCUAG